AUAGAUUCAACAAAUGAGGUGGGUUCAUUAACAAUUCAAAGAUGAAAAGAAAAAAUGGCAAAAAAGAAAGCAUUUCUUCCUCUUCUAUAUCUUACAUCUAUAGUAUUUUUGCCCUGGUGGAUCUCUCUCUCAUUUAAUAAAUGUCUUGAAUUUUGGAUUACUAAUUGGUGGAAUACUAGGCAAUCCGAAACUUUUUUGACCGAUAUUCAAGAAAAGAGUAUUCUAGAAAAAUUCAUAGAAUUGGAAGAACUCUUACUCUUGGACGAAAUGAUAAAAGAAUACCCGGAAAUACAUCUACAAACACUUCGUAUAGAAAUCCACAAAGAAACGAUGCAAUUGAUCAAGAUGCACAAUGAGGAUCAUAUCCAUAUGAUUUUGCAUUUAUCGACAAAUAUAACCUCUUUCAUUAUUUUAAGUGGUUAUUCUAUUCUGGGUAAUGAAGAACUUGCUAUUCUUAACUCUUGGGUUCAAGAAUUCCUAUAUAACUUAAGCGACACAAUAAAAGCUUUUUCUAUUCUUUUAUUAACUGAUUUAUGUAUCGGAUUCCAUUCGCCCCAUGGUUGGGAACUAAUGAUUGGCUAUGUCUACAAAGAUUUUGGAUUUGCUCACAACGAUCAAAUUAUAUCUGGUCUUGUUUCUACUUUUCCAGUCAUUCUGGAUACAAUUUUUAAAUAUUGGAUCUUCCGUUAUUUAAAUCGUAUAUCUCCAUCACUUGUAGUGAUUUAUCAUUCAAUGAAUGAUUGAUCCAACUAUAAUAUUUGUUACUUUGUAACAUAAGGUACAUAAGCAAAGCAUUUCAAUUUGAAGACGUACUUACUCUUUCUACCCUACUGGGAUUUCUCUUACUACUAUAUUCCAGUAAAAUUAUUUCAGUAAACUAAAUAGCAGAAUUGUGGAUAGGGAACUAUACAAGCGACCUACCUAAUUUUAUUGUAGAAAUUUUCGGGAUCAAUGAUUGGACCAUGCAAACUAAAAACACCUUUUCUUGGAUAAAGAAAGAGAUUAUUCGAUCUAUUUCCGUAUCGCUGAUGGUAUAUAUCAUAACUCGGACAUCCAUUUCAAAUGCAUAUCCCAUUUUUGCACAGCAGGGUUAUGAAAAUCCACGAGAAGCGACCGGGCGUAUUGUAUGUGCCAAUUGCCAUUUAGCUAAUAAGCCCGUGGAUAUUGAGGUUCCGCAAGCGGUACUUCCUGAUACUGUAUUUGAGGCAGUUGUUCGAAUUCCUUAUGAUAUUCAAGUUAAACAAGUUCUUGCUAAUGGUAAAAAGGGAGGUUUGAAUGUGGGGGCUGUUCUUAUUUUACCUGAGGGAUUUGAAUUAGCCCCCCCCGAUCGUAUUUCGCCCGAGAUGAAAGAAAAGAUAGGCAAUCUGUCUUUUCAGAGCUAUCGCCCCACUAAAAAAAAUAUUCUUGUGAUAGGUCCUGUUUCUGGUCAGAAAUAUAGUGAAGUCACCUUUCCUAUUCUUUCCCCGGACCCCGCUACUAAUAAAGAUGUUCACUUCUUAAAAUAUCCCAUAUAUGUAGGCGGGAACAGAGGAAGGGGUCAGAUUUAUCCCGAUGGGAACAAGAGUAACAAUACAGUUUAUAAUGCUACAGCGUCUGGUGUAGUAAGUAAAAUCAUACGAAAAGAAAAGGGGGGGUACGAAAUAACCAUAUCGGAUGAGUCAUAUGAACGUCAAGUGGUUGAUAUUAUUCCCCCAGGGCCAGAACUUCUUGUUUCCGAAGGCGAAUCUAUCAAACUUGAUCAGCCAUUAACGAGUAAUCCUAAUGUGGGUGGAUUUGGUCAAGGGGACGCAGAAAUAGUACUUCAAGAUCCAUUCCGUGUCCAAGGCCUUUUGUUCUUCUUGGCAUCUGUUAUUUUGGCACAAAUAUUUUUGGUUCUUAAGAAGAAACAGUUUGAGAAGGUUCAAUUGUCCGAAAUGAAUUUCUAGAUUCGCGAAUUUCCAAUAUCAAGUUCGUAAAAAGAAUUCAAUUAUGUUAUGUAUGAUCCAAAAUUAUAAAAAGCUUUUUACUUGUUUCUAUUCCAGAUGUAGAUAUCGGGAAUUUUUUGUACCGCAUUCCUAGUCAUAGUAUGUAUAUUGGAAAGAAGAUUAUUUGACUUUAUCUCUUCUUUUUUGUUCAAGCCAAAUUCGAGCGGUGUCACUAGGUCACUCUUGUGAGAUUGAAAUGUCAUAGAAUGGAUCAAUCGUUUUCUAUUCUAAUAGAAGAAAAUCGAAAAUUUUACUGGAUACUAAACAUAAGAUAAGUAAGUGGAGAAUAGAAAACAAAGGAUUAUUCGCCUUCUUCUUAGUCUUUUCUUUGACACAAGAAAGGAAUUUUCUGCAUUUCUUUCUUGUGUCUACAUAAGGUUUUUGAUCUGUUCGUAAAAGAUUACUAUCCUUAGUUUAUAUUUUUUUCCAGGUUUAUUAGAACCCUUUUUUUAUAUUUAUUACAUAUAUAAAGUAGUGAACAAACAAAAAAUAGAGGUCAAUUUUUUGAUAAAAUAGAACCUA